ACCGGGCAGCGGGGGCAGAGCGCUGCCCUGCUGCUGCCUGCGCUGCUGGCUGAGGGCCGGGCAGCGGGGUGGGGGAGAGGGGAUUGAAUUUACCGGGUCUUCGCGCUGUCAGUAGGCAGGAGGAGCCCCUCCUCCUCAAACAGCCGCUUUCCCCCCCCACCUGUGCUCCCGGGAUCACAACUCUUUUUCUUCGUUCUGUUUGCCUGCAGUUGAUGCAAAAUGAGUGUUCCUGACUACAUGCAGUGUGCUGAGGACCAUCAGACUCUCCUGGUUGUGGUUCAGCCGAUUGGCAUUGUACCCGAAGAGAGCUUUUUCAGGAUCUACAAGCGAAUUUCAGCAGUGAGUCAAGUUAAUGUGCGUGACUCUCAGCGUGUGUUGUAUAUCCGUUACAGGCACCAUUAUCCCCCAGAGAACAAUGAAUGGGGGGAUUUUCAGACACACCGGAAAGUUGUGGGGCUGAUAACUAUUACAGACUGUUCUUCUGCAAAGGACUGGCCUCAGACUUUUGAAAAAUUCCAUCUUCAAAAAGAAAUGUAUGGUUCUACUCUCUAUGAUUCCCGGUUGUUUGUCUUUGGGCUUCAAGGAGAGAUUGCAGAGCAGCCCCGCACAGAUGUGGCGUUUUAUCCCAGUUAUGAUGAAUGUGAAACUGUGGAGAAGAGAAUAGAAGAUUUUAUCGAAUCCCUUUUCAUAGUGUUGGAGUCUAAGCGGCUUGACAGAGCCACUGAUAAGUCUGGAGACAAGAUCCCGCUCCUCUGUGUUCCUUUUGAGAAGAAGGAUUUUGUAGGUCUGGACACCGAUAGUAGACACUAUAAGAAGCGUUGUCAAGGCCGGAUGCGGAAACAUGUUGGUGACCUGUGUUUACAAGCUGGGAUGUUACAAGAUUCCUUGGUGCAUUAUCACAUGGCGGUGGAACUUCUGCGGUCUGUGAAUGACUUUCUGUGGCUUGGAGCUGCUCUUGAGGGGUUAUGCUCAGCAUCAGUCAUCUAUCAUUAUCCAGGUGGUACUGGAGGUAAAGUUGGAUCUCGCAGGGCACAAGGAGGUUCUCUUUCUGCUGAGGCAGGCAACAGGCACAGACCAGGGGCACAAGAAGUUCUCAUUGAUCCAGGUGCACUGACUUCAAAUGGUAUAAAUGCAGAUACCAGUGCUGAGAUAGGACGUGCCAAGAACUGCCUUAGUCCUGAAGACAUCAUAGAUAAAUAUAAAGAAGCCAUUUCUUACUACGGCAAGUACAAGAAUGCUGGUGUGAUUGAACUGGAAGCCUGUGUGAAGGCAGUGAGAGUCCUGGCAAUACAGAAAAGGAGCAUGGAAGCCUCUGAGUUUCUUCAGAAUGCAGUUUAUAUCAACCUUCGCCAGCUUUCAGAAGAAGAAAAAAUCCAGCGUUACAGCAUUCUUUCUGAGCUGUAUGAACGUAUUGGUUUUCACCGAAAGUCUGCUUUUUUCAAGCGUAUAGCAGCAAUGCAGUGUGCUGCACCUAGCAUCCCAGAACCUGGGUGGAGGGCCUGCUACAAAUUGCUUUUAGAAACUCUCCCUGGCUAUAGCUUAUCAUUGGAUCCUAAAGAUUUCAGCAAAGGAACUCAUAGAGGAUGGGCUGCAGUACAGAUGCGUUUGCUUCAUGAACUUGUAUAUGCUUCCAGAAGAAUGGGGAAUCCUGCUCUGUGUGUCAGGCAUCUGUCUUUCCUUCUCCAGACCAUGCUGGAUUUUCUUUCUGAUCAAGAAAAGAAAGAUGUAACACAGAGCUUGGAAAGCUACACAGCAAAAUGCCCUGGUACAAUGGAAUUCAUCACUCUUCCAGACGGUUUGAAGUUACCUCCUGUUCCAUUCACCAAAUUGCCUAUUGUGAGAUCUGUUAAGCUUUUGAACCUCCCAACCAGUCUUCGACCUCACAAAAUGAAAAGUCUACUUGGUCAGAAUGUGUCAACCAAAAGCCCCUUCAUAUAUUCUCCAAUUAUUGCGCACAGUCGUGGGGAAGAACGAAAUAAGAAAAUAGACUUCCAGUGGGUCCAGGGAGAUGUAUGUGAAGUUCAGUUGAUGGUGUACAACCCUAUGCCUUUUGAGCUCCGAGUAGAAAACAUGGGUCUCUUGACAACAGGAGUAGAAUUCGAAUCUCUUCCUGCAGCUCUUUCUCUACCUGCAGAAUCUGGUCUCUAUCCGGUAACUCUUGUUGGUGUUCCUCAAACUACUGGACAGAUCACUGUCAAUGGUUACCAUACUUCAGUUUUUGGAGUCUUCAGUGAUUGCCUUCUGGACAAUCUUCCAGGAGUGAAGACCAACGGCUGUACUGUUGAAGUCAUUCCAGCUUUGCCAAGGCUGCAGAUCAGUACCUCCCUUCCAAGGUCUGCUCAUACACUUCAGCCUUCUUCAGGGGAUGAAAUCUCCACUAAUGUGUCUGUCCAGCUUUACAAUGGAGAGACCCAACAGCUUAUCAUUAAGUUAGAAAACAUUGGAACAGAACCGCUGGAGAAACUAGAGGUCACAGCGAAAACAGUCAACACUAAGGAGAAGCUGUAUGGGGACUUCUUGAGUUGGAAGCUAGAAGAUACCCUCUCCCAGUUUCCUUUAAAACCUGGAAAGAUUGCAACAUUUACUGUAAACAUUAAAGUGAAGCUGGACUUCUCAUGCCAAGAAAAUCUUCUGCAAGAUCUCAGUGAUGAUGGCAUCAGUGUUAGUGGACUUCCGCUCUCCAGUCCUUUUCGGCAGGUUGUCAAGCCAAGAGUAGAGACUAAACCUAUUAAUCCACAAGAAAGCAGCAAAGUUGGUGACUUCAGUCAUGUGAAGACACUGGAAGCCAUUUUGAAUUUUAAGUACUCUGGUGGACCAGGACAUGUUGAAGGAUAUUACCGGAACCUUUCACUAGGCCUUCAUGUAGAAGUAGAGCCGUCUGUUUUCUUUACACGUGUUAGUACCCUUCCAGCAACAAGCACCCGGCAAUGCCAUCUACUUCUUGAUGUCUUCAAUUCUACAGAACAUGAGUUGACCAUCAGUGCUAGGAAUAACGAAGAUUUAAUUCUGCAUGCUGGGGAAUGUCAGCGUAUGGCUAUCCAAGUUGACAAGUUCAAUUUUGAGAGCUUCCCAGAAUCCCCUACUGAUGGGACACAGUUUGCGAAUGUAAAGCAGCUGGAAGAAGAAAGGCAACAAGCAAAAGGUCUGGAGAUUAACAGCAAGCUGGAUAUUUGCUGGAAAAUUCCUUCCUUGAAGCGUGAAGGGGAAGCAAGUGUGGAAGGCGUUCUUAAUCAACUGGUCCUGGAGCAUCUACAGUUGGCUCCUCUCCAGUGGGAUAUCCUCGUUGACGGCAAGCUUUGUGACUGUGAUAUCGUGGUGAACUGCAAAGUGGGAGACCCCAUCCCGUUGGAGGUGAAGCUGACCAACUGGAGCAAACACAGCGUGGGGCCUUUCGCUCUCACCAUGACGCCCUACCAGGAUUACCAAAAUGGGGUGCACAACUAUGAGCUGCAAGAUGCUAUCACCUUUGUGGGAUCCAACACCUUUUACAUCGAUUCAGUGAAGCCGACCAAAGACUCUGUGUACUUUGGAGCACUUCUUUUUCUCUACACAGGUGAUUUCUACCUGAAUAUCAAAUUCCAUGAAGACAACUGCAGCAGGGAGCUGCCUCUCUCCUGGUUCUGCCUUCCUAGUGUCCACAUCCGUGCUAUGGAGCCUACGGUCCAAACUAAGCUGUAAAUGUACUGUGUGCUGUUUGAUUAACCACAGUGCACAGAAAUGCUUGGCACAUCCUCUGCUUGACCCCAGCUUGUUUCUGUCCAACCCCAGGCCACAGUCCCUACUUUGGAGGAACAGCUGAACACUUUCUGAGUUGGCUGAUAGUCAUUUGGGCAGCUGCUUUAGCUAAUUUCAGAGAGAGAGAGACAGAGACAGAGAGAGACAGAGAGAGACAGAUUAUAACCAUGCUAGAGUUUUCCUGUUUCCAAAAAGCCUUUGAAAGUGCUAAUAUAUGCAUUAUGCUUUCAUAUACUCUAUUGAUAUCAGUGGGUUUGAAAAGGUCAUGAGGGCUGAAUUUAAGAGGGCUGAAUUUAACCAUGUGUUUGAAGGUCUCAAUUCCAACCUGAAUAACUGUGUUUUAGCAUUUUUCAACAAGAGUUUUAUAUCUGUAUGAAAUUGCUCCUGGCUUACGCUGGACCCAUGGCAUGGACCCUUGAGGUGUAGUUCUCCUCUUAGUUUUCUUCACAGGCUUGUUCUUGUUCACUUGUUUGCUGAGUAUUUGGUGUCUUUUGUAGUAAAUAGCAGUAGUGAUGCUUUUUCCUGUGUUACUGAAAGUAAGAAUAGCAAAUGUGCCUCCAGUUAUUCUCUUCCUCCCCUGAGCCCAGUGCCAUUUGCUCCUGGUAAAGUCACUGCCUUUAGUUUGGUAGAUCUAUGAACAAGAAAUGAAAGAAGGCAAUGAAGUGCUAAAGAGUUUUGUCCUUGAGAAAGGACAUAAGCCAACUUUUGGGUUGCCUAGGGCUUGCCUCUGAAUUUGGGCUUCGCAGUUCUGUUUUAUACAAUCACAAUCGCUUGAAACAUUUGCAGACACUUAAAGAGCCACGAAAAUUAAUCAGCUAGUCAUUAAUACCACUUUGCAUGACUUCUUGCAAACUAUUCUGAUCAGAUUUUUCAUGCUAAUAGACUGGGCUGCAUUAUGUAGUUGGUUUUCCUUCUUUUUUUUAGAAUGAUGAAGUUUAAUUAUUAGGCAAUUAAGGCCAUGGAAUUCCUGACCGUAAAAGUAGUUGAUGAAUGUACUAAAAAUUUAGCCUGUUGUCUUUCGGAAUAAUGUUUUUGUAUAGAGACCCACAUUUACCCCAUGUAAAGCAGGGAGAUGUCUUAGCUGUAUGAUGAAUAUAUUAUUUCACAGACCAUAUGUUUCAAACCUGUCUCAAUCUUUUCUUAAAUUUACAGCCUGCGGCUCUUAAAUUUGGUGGUAGUAUACUUUCGGGGGUGGAUACACCAAGAUGUGGCAGGGGUGCUCUAGUUAGCUCCAGUUAGCUCUAUACGUGCUAAAUCUAGAUACACAACCUCUUUGCAGAUUUUUAUUUUGUUUAGGCUUCAUCCAAAUGUGGGCACACCACUUCAUGCCUGACCUGGUCCGUCCAGCUCAUUCUGGCUCUCUGCACCAUGCCCAGUUGUACUUUUAGGUGUGACUGGUGUUUUCCGUAGGAAUGACAGUCCUCAAAACUCAGUUCAUUGCAUGUUUGCAUAUGACUGUAAUGUAUGCAUCCUAAAUAUAUUUCUAAUUUGAGGAAACUAUAGCUAUAGCAUGAUAGCUAUAUUUCCAGUGUAUGCAGGGUAUUACCUCUAAAAAAUUGUAUUGUGGCAAUGUUAUCAGUGUUUGCUCUGUAUACAGCUUUGAAUGCCAGAGUGGAAGUCUUCAGUCUUCAACUGAUGGAGAUCUGAGGCCGACUGAAGAUUUACUUGCAAUGGUGUACUGCUCUGUCACCUGCCAGCACGCAAUGUCCAGUAAGAAAACUGUUCCUUAGACUUGCACAGUGGUUCUGGGCAGACACACCCAAGGGAAGAGGGUCCACACAGCUGAGUUGGGAAUGUUUUUUGCAUUAGUGGAGCUCGGAUGACCAGUUUGUGCCAUGAGGCUGAAUUCUCUGUCACUACAUAGGCAUAUACACAGAAGAAUAAGAUCCCAAGAGAGCAGGAAUUAAACCAGUUAAUCUUCUCCAUAAAAGCUUGCUUUUGACAUGUGUCUCUGUACUAUGUUACACAACACUGUUGCAGUGAAAUCCAAAUUGGGUUUUAUUCAGUAUUCCCAGCAGGUAAUCUGCAGAUGCUAGGAAUACAGCUAAGGCUUUGUAAGGACCACAUUGCAUUUGAAACAAAAAUAUUGUGAAGCAGAUGCUGUUGCAGUCAGGAUGCUUCAGCUUACCCAGCUAAGGGAUCAUUUCCUAGCUUAUUUUUGAGAGCGUUCUCUGAGAACAGAGGAUAUUGUUCUGUGAAGACUGUACUGGGAUGGAGCACUCCUGUGCCCUUUACUUAUAAAAGAUCCGGAUCCACAGCCUGCUGAAGCUGUUGGAAUGGGAACAGGUUUUAUUAUAACAAAAGCAAGCUGCAUAUUUCCAAUAUGCCAUUAUAAAUCUGCCAUAUGUGCUCAUAAAUAUAAGUUCUUACGUGUGAGCUGACCCUUAAUGGUCUAUUUGUUCAUUAUAUAGUAGACCACUCUGUCCCUUGUCAACUUUGAUGCUUAGUUGCUUUUGGCAUUUAUGAUAUCUUUCCUAAUUUUCUCACACUUCUACUCGUCUUGGUGAGGGAGAUGAAACACAAGAAAUUCUUCCUUCUGGGGAUCAUUUGUGACUUGUCCAGAAGAAGAAUAUUUGUCAGCAUAAUUUAGAGAAGGGUGAGGGGAAGGUACUUGAAAUGAGAAUACUGCAUUGGUUUUAGUUUUCUUUUUAAUGGAAGUUUUCACUGGGAUUGCUGUCAAGAUUGGUCCUUGCAGUGCUUGAAAAAAGGAUGAUACUUUUCUGAUCUGCUCUCCUUUUCUGGAACUGAAAACUUGUUUUUAUUUCUCCAAACCACCCAGCUAUUAUUUUGAACAUGAUGAGCCAAACUGUGCAUUGUUACACAGAUGUAAAUCUGAUAUGAUCCCACUUGGUUGAAUGAAAUCAUUCCUAAUUUAAAUCACCAUUGCUGAGAGCAGACAUUGGUCCGAUAUAUGUAUGCAUUGGAGAGGCAUAAGUUGUGUAAAUUUAACUGUCUGAAUAAAUACUUAUCUUGUGUUAUUUACA